AUGGGUGGAUUUUUGUCUCAUCUGACACCGGAAAAGAACACUGAAGUACUUGAUGCAACAUGUGGACCAAUUCGUGGGAAUAUUUACAAACAUGGUGAGAAGAUAGUUGAUGGAUACCUUGGAAUUCCAUAUGCAAAACCACCAGUUGGAAAUCUUCGUUUCAAAAAACCAGUGGCUGCUGACAAAUGGUCCGAGCCUCUGAAUUGCUAUGAAUAUGGACCAGGAUGUCCACAAGCUGGAAACUUUUCUGUGCUGUGUCACGAUUGGAUGGUAUUCGAUGAAGAGAAGUGUUUGAAUCUGAAUGUAUUUGCUCCGAGAUGGAAGUCUGACGAGUUUCCAAAAGGUCUUCCCGUAAUGGUUUACAUUCAUGGUGGUGGCUUCGAAGUGGGCUACUCUGCGUACUCCCAUGAUUACUCUCUAACUGGAACAAUUCCUUUGAGAGAUGUGAUUGUUGUGUCUAUUAACUACCGUCUUGGACCACUUGGUUUUCUCACGACUGGUGAUGACGUGGCAGUUGGAAACUACGGACUUUGGGAUCAGACUCUAGCGUUACAAUGGGUUCAAGACCAUAUUGGUUCAUUCGGAGGAGAUCGAGAUAAUGUGACAAUCGCUGGAACAAGUGCUGGAGGGAUAAGUGUAGAUUUACUGGCAUUGAGCCCAUUUUCGAAUAAACUUUUCCAUCGGUUCUACGCAAUGUCUGGAACUGCUUACUGCACAUUCGUUUUCCGUUCAAAACACGAUGAAGCUCAUGUCUGUGAAGUUUUUGCCAAGUACCAUGGGUACACGGGAAAUGAUUCUCAAAGUUUGCUUGAAUGGUAUCAAUCUCAACCUGUUGUGAUAUUCAAAAAGACAGCUGAAAUUCCACGAGAUUUCUCUGGAUUCAUCUACUUUGGUCCUAAUUUCGAUGGCGAUUUCUUCCCGAAACCAAUGGAAGAAUUGAGAAAAGAAGCACCAAAACUAGACGCAAUGAUAACAAUUGGAGAGUAUGAAGGGCUGGGAAUGAUAAUGAUGAAUCCCGCAUGUCCAGAUCGACACAAUCAUUUGAAGAACUUGAAAACGGCUAUCGCUGAUGCAUACAGUCCUGAAGUGGCGAAAAAUCAUGAAGCCGUUCAGAAGAAACUAUUUGACGCUUAUACGAAAGACGUUGAUUUAACAGAUCAAGGAGUUGUUGUCAAGAAACUUGUCGAGUUUCUCGGUGACUACAUGUUCAACUCUCCAGCUUUGGAAACUGCUAAAUCUUGCUCUUCAAAUGGUAACAACGCAUAUUUAGCCUCGUUCGAUUAUUUGAUGAAAACUGAAAGUGUCGAAAACCCGAUACUUGGAGAGUUGCCAUUUAAAGCAGCUACUCAUGGAUCUGACCAUCCAUAUAUACUGGGAGAUAGAAUUACGGAAAAGUUUGAUCCGACAGAAGAAGAUUUCAAAGUUAUGGAAAUGAUGGGAACACUUGUAAGCAAUUUUGUGAAAUAUGGAAAUCCGAAUGGGAAAAAUAAGUCUGGAAAUUGGGAGAAGUACAAUCUGAAGCAACCAAACAAAUAUUUCAAAAUAGAUUAUCCGAAAAGUGAAAUGAGAGAGAAUUUCCAAAAUGGACGUCUGGAAGUUUUUGAAGAAAUCAAGAAGGAUGACAUCAGAUAUCAGAAUAUUAUUCUAGGAAAUAUUAACUGA